AAAGCUCUAUCGGACAAUACUUCAGUUUAACUUCUUACAAGGAGCACGCAGUUCAUGCUAAUUAGUCAACAAUAAAUGAACAAUUGUCAAACAUAAUUUAAAAUAGUUAAAGUUGGAUAAUUGUGAAUGUAGGGGGGUCAGCUCACAAACUUUAAGACAUGGUUCAUCUGCCUUCAGAUAUGAUUAUACAGCUCACAGCUACACUAGCUCAUCUUUCACAGCUCAAUACAUCUACUCCAGUUGACCGUGAUGCACUACCUGGGUUGUAUCCUCCCUACCAUAGGUCGUCUUUACAGCACAGAGGAACUAGUUAUAAACCCAACCCUAGAGAAAACAGCAUUCAUCCUAACCCUGGAGGAACAAGUAUUCAACCAAACCCCAGAGAAAUCCGUCCUGCCCAACCCAACCCUACAGAUACCUUCCAACAUUUCCCUCCUCUUAAUAUACCAACCAGAAAAUCAGUGUAUCCUUCGAACAGUCCUAGUCUAGAUUCUGUGUUUCCUCUGAACAGCCCUAGUUUUAACUCACAGAGAUCUCAACUAGUUUACUCUUUAGAUGGUUAUAAAGGGACUGUGCUUAAAACUGAUAGUUUAAAGGACGGCAGCAUCAAAGAAAAUAAUAUUUUAAAUUGGGAAACAGACUCUUUAAAGAUAAAAAUGGCGGGGAAAAGUUCUGCAAUUCAAACAAAUGUAUUUCUGAUAUUUAUCACUUCGUUCUUUUCAAUUCGGUGAUUAAUAGCUAGCUAGAAAAUGCCCUGCUUUUAAUUAUUAAAUCAAAUUUUAAAUCUACAUAUUUUUAUAUUCUAAAUUGAAAUAAAGUAAAAAUAAAAACU